UUUAUAGGUUAACAAAUAUUUAAUGGCGUUGAGUUGAAACAGCUGUGAAAAAAUUAUUUCUUGUGUGUUCUAAAUUAAAGUGAAAAUUGGUAAUAAUAAUUAAUAAUGGCUAGUCCACGAACUCGUCGUGUUUUAGCUGAAUUAAAACCAAGUGAUGAAAAUAAUAGGUGCUUCGAGUGUGGAGCACAUAAUCCUCAAUGGGUUUCUGUCACAUAUGGAAUAUGGAUUUGUCUUGAGUGCUCAGGAAAGCAUCGAGGACUUGGAGUUCAUUUAUCCUUUGUUCGUUCCAUUUCGAUGGAUAGAUGGAAAGACAUUGAAUUAGAAAAAAUGAAAGUCGGAGGUAAUAGAAAAGCACGGGAAUUUUUUGAAGCUCAAUCAGAUUGGGAUGAUUCGAUGACUAUUUCACAGAAAUAUAAUACAAAAGCUGCUGCUCUUUAUAGAGACAAGAUUGCAACAACUGCCAAAGGUGAAGAUUGGAGUCCUUCCACAUCGAGUGCAAAGAAUUUCGUCAGCAGUGCUGUUUACGAGAGUAAAGAAUAUAAUUCUUACCAAAAUGAUCAAGGAGGAGAUUCCUAUGAGAAUUUCAAUACGCCAGCCUUUAAAUCACAAACAGAAUCUUUUUUCGCAAGAAAACAAAAUGAAAAUUCCACUCGUCCGGAAAAUCUUCCACCAAAUCAAGGAGGAAGAUAUGGAGGUUUCGGUUAUCAAAUGGAAGCACCGCCAAAAAGUUCUUCUCAAGAAUUUUUCGACACUGCAGUUUCUUCCCUAGCAAGCGGCUGGUCCGUUUUCUCUUCGUCUGCAUCGAAAAUUGCAACGAGAGCCACGGAAAAUGCUAUUAAAAUUGGAGGAUACGCCACUCAAAAGGUAUCAGAGAUUUCAGAAACUGUAGGGGAUAAGGUACGAGAAGGUACACUAUUGAAUGAUGUUGGUUCUCAAGUUAAUACUUUAGCUGCUAAGGUUGGAGAUCUGGGUAGAAGAGGAUGGGGCGAUAUUGGCGGAACCAAUUCCUCCGAACAGAGUCGCUACAAUUCUCAAGGAAAUUAUCAAAAUUCAAAUAGCUAUGAGGACAAUUUUAACAGAAAUGAUUACUCCAACGAAAAAUCAUCUUUGGUUUCUGAUUCUAAUCUCAAAUCGAGUUCUUCAACGACAAAUACAUCAUCGCACGACUGGAAUUGGGAAUCAAAACCACGAUCAAUGUCGGAAGCAUCAGUGGAAAGUCGAUCGUCAUUAACAACAACAGCAACAACAACAACAACAACUUCAAAACGAAUCAAAGAAAAGCAAACAAAGCAAGAUUCAUUGAUGAGUUUUGAUAAAGAAACUCCAACAACUGGAUAUAAUUCAAAAUUAGAAGACGACGCUUGGGAAAUAUUGAAGGAUUAGUCCUCAUAGUGAAAAAUUAAUUUCCACUCUUCAUGCCUCUUUGUGCUUCAAUAUAUCAAUGAAAGAGAAAGAGAAUAAAACUUGCAAGUGAAACAAUUUGCAUUUAUAUCGUAUUAUAGAGAAGAAAGAAAAAUGUACAUAAAAAUAUUGCUCGACAUCGAUUGUAAAUGAUUUAAUUUUCAAAUGAAAUCUCUAACUAAAUGUUUAAAGAAAAAAAAAACAAAAACAAAAAAGAAGUAAAGGCUGACGUUAAUAUUUGAUGUUGUUAGAUGUGAAAAUAUCUUUAAUGUUGGAAUUUUAAAGUGACAAAUAUUUUAUAAUCGAUAAUAAUUUCCCUUAAUUUUUUCACUCUUUUUUUUUGGGAAAUUUUAUGUUUUUAGCAAAAAUUUCGUUAGGAAAUUUUAUUAUUAUAUAUUCGAUGUAUUGUUUGUUUUUUUAAAUUACUAACGGAAUAUUUAAAUAUUAUAUCAACUACAUUUUAUUGCAGUUGAAAUUAAAAGAAGACAAAUAAAUAUAUAUAUAUUAUAAAUAUUGAAUGAUUUAUAAGUAAUGCUUGAUAAUGAAGUAUUAAAAUUUAAAUUAGAUAGAGAAGUAAAGAAUGGUGUAGUGCAUUAGUAUAAAUUUAAUUCGUAAAUAUUAUAUAGAUGUAAGUAGAUAAAAAAUGUGUGAGUGACUGUUUUCUAUUAGAAACAAAUUAAUUCGUAAACAAACAAAAAAAAAUGAGAAAUUUUUGACAUUAGCGAAUAUUCGUUUCAUUCAUGCAGAUUUUUUUAUUUCUGUAUUAUUAUCAUUAAGAAUUUAAUUCAAAAUACUCCAUAUGUAACUCGAUAUAUACAAUUUUGACAAUAGUUUCACGAGUUUAAUCAAGGUUUUAAAUAAUUGAACAUUUAAAACUUUAUUGUAUAAAAUUAUUCUUAAUAUAAUUCCAGAAAGUUUUGUAUUUAUACAGUGCAUUCCACAUAUAAUUUUUUAAAAUUUAUUCUGUAAAGAAACAGAGGAAGAGGCACAAAAUAAAUGUCAAGUACUACAGAA